ACGGCGGCGCAGCGGGCGGCGCGGCUGCGCAAGGAGGCAGUCGCAGAGGCCAAGGCCGAGGCUGCGAAGAGGGCCCAGGCCUCGCAGCCUGCGGCGGCGGCAGCAGCCGGCGCGCGGCAGCCGGCCGCGGGGGCGGCAGAGGAGGUGCCCGCGGCAGGGGGCGGGGCGCACGGCUCGUCGCAGCAGCAAGCCGGGGCAGCCGCGCAGGGCGUGAAUCAGGAGCGGCGCCGGCGGCUGCUGCUGGCAGGGCGGGAGGCCGGGCAGCAGCAGCAGCAGCAGCAGCAGCAGCAGCAAGAGGCGGAGGACGCGCCGCCCUCUGCCGACGACGAGCAGAUGCGGCGGCACGCGGCGGCUGCGGCGGAUGACAUGCUCUCCUUCUGGGCCGCCCGCGGCGCGGCCGCGGCCCCGCCAGCCACAGCGCCGGCGCAGUCCCGCCGUCGGGUGCUGUCCGGCGCGGCCGGCGGCGGCCAGAGCAACGGCACGGGGGCGGUGCUGCGUAAUGGGGUGCGGUUAGUCAACGGGCGUUACCUGGACACCCGGAAGUACCCGACCCUGUACGUCGUGAAUUCACACUUG